UCCCCGGGCUCGCGGCGCGGGCCUGGGGACUCGGGAGCCCGCCGCCUGGGCCACAGCAUGGGGCGCUUCCGCGGGGGCCUGCGGUGCAUCAAGUACCUGCUGCUCGGCUUCAACCUGCUGUUCUGGCUGGCCGGGUCAGCCGUCAUUGCUUUUGGACUAUGGUUUCGAUUCGGAGGCACCAUAAAGGAUUUGUCAUCGGAGGACAAGUCCCCAGAGUAUUUCUACAUGGGGCUCUACGUGCUGGUUGGAGCUGGGGCCCUGAUGAUGGCCGUGGGGUUCUUUGGGUGCUGUGGAGCCAUGCGGGAGUCACAGUGUGUGCUCGGAUCAUUUUUUACCUGCCUACUGGUGAUAUUCGCUGCUGAAGUAACCACUGGAGUAUUUGCUUUUAUAGGCAAGGGUGUAGCUAUACGACACGUACAGACCAUGUACGAAGAGGCUUACAAUGAUUACCUUAAAGACAGGGGAAAGGGAAAUGGGACUCUUGUUACCUUCCACUCAGCAUUUCAGUGCUGUGGAAAAGAAAGCCCUGAACAGGUCCAACCCACGUGCCCAAAGGAACUUCUAGGCCACAAGAAUUGCAUUGAUGAAAUUGAGACCAUAAUCAGUGUUAAGCUCCAGCUCAUCGGAAUUGUCGGUAUUGGAAUUGCAGGUCUCACGAUCUUUGGCAUGAUAUUCAGUAUGGUCCUUUGCUGUGCAAUACGAAACUCACGAGAUGUGAUUUGAAGCUACUUCAUCAUGAAAAUUGCAAUCUAGAGUUUUCAUACUAAAUGUCACAGGAGCUGUCUCUCAGCUCAUUUUUAAUGUUCAGAGGACAUUAGAAUCUAAAAUAAUUUACUGUCGAUUGUACAUUUGCACAUGUAUGUACGUCUGGCUCAUUACUGGUUUGCCCCUUGAGUGAAUGGUAUGUUGACUGGGAACAUAGUCACAUGUGAGCCGUGUGUUUCUGKUAUAUACAUUAUAGAAAUCUGUUGGCUGGGAGUUCCUGAUUCUUGUUCUGUAAGAGGAACGACCUAUUUAACUACCAGAAAAAGAUCAAAUAGCUUUGAGAAACUUUUAAAACCUGGAUUUCAGAAAAUGUGAUAAUGGUUCAGUUUCUCAGACAUCAGCCAGGAAAAUUAGAUGCAUACAGAGAAUUUGGGGAUUUCUACUUAAUGGAAGCAAAAAGCUACAGAAUUGAGAGAUCAUGGUGCAGUGUUGAAAUUGACUCUGUCUGAAUAUAGGGUUUCCUAGGAUUUUUUAAUAUAUAUUCUCUCCCCCAAAAUACAGUAAACCACAGUUUUAAAACUAACACAUCUGUAAAACUAAAUAUAGCAUGGAAAAUCUAAUUUGAAUAAGUCAUGCUUUCCUAGUAUUUAAAAAAAAAAAAGCAAAAACAAAACCUCCCUCUGGAAAGAGUAGUCACACAGACAAUCAUGUGCCCUAUAAAAGUGUUUAUAGAACUGAAAAAAAAAAAAACUUUUAAGGCAAUAUUUUUGUUCUUAUACAAAUACAUGUAAGUAUUGCUUUAUCCCUUUCUUUUUCUGACUCUGCUCUGAACUACUGCAACCCUCAUAUCCUCAAAAGGGCUUUUAUCUUGAACUCUUCUAUGUUUCUCCAAACAUGAGAAUAGAACAACUAAAGCAAGAAAUCUGGCAGUUGCAAAUUGUAGGAAAGAAAUUUUUUAUUGGCACUGUACCUUUGAAAUACCUCAUAACUUGAGUUUACAUAUUUUCCUAAUUUUUUGUACUUUUCUUAUUUAUUCACCUAGAGAGAAUUCUUCAUAUAUUAAUAACUAUGGUUUUGACCACUUAAAUUUAAAAAACUCCUGCACAAUUCAGAUAUUAUUUUAUGAGCAUCAGUGGCCAAAUAAAAACAUCUCUGAGUUGUAUACCCACAAUAAAGACAAGUUCAGGAAACAAAAAUACUUAUAUACAAACAUACGCAAUACAAAUAUAUUCCUUUCUAUGCAAGUCCCCUAUGAAAAUAAAAUCUUCAGGUUUGUUAUUUUUUGGUCUUAAUUCUUGAUUUUAAGUAAAGAAAUCCACAUAUAGGACCUAAAUUGGUCUAUUUGUCAGAAAUUUUUAGCAAUUUGUUACAUUUAGUAAAUCAUGGAUUUUUUUUAAAAAAUUGCAUUUCAAAAAGUCACACAAAAGUGAAAAUAUGGAGGACUUUGGAAAUUCCCAAGUGAACUUCUUAUACAUGUUAGAACACAAAACUUUGGCUGUGCACUAAGAGGAAGUGCCAGGUUCCCAAGAACCUUAACAAACAUUUUGCUGGAAAGAUAUAACUGUUCAAAGUAGUGGUUAUGAAGCACCACACUUCUUUCAGCCAUACUUGCUAUUGCUACUAACUUUGGAGGACAACUUUUCUAGGAAAAAACAAAGUCAGAUUAGAAGCAAGCUAAAAACUAAAUUGUGCAUGGUUACUUUGCUGUGUCUAUGGCUAAAAAAAAAAAGAGACUUAAGAAAAUUACUUCAUGAAAUAAAUAUUUGCAUUCUAAUAGUUGAAAAAUGUAACCUUUUAAGCAAAGUUUAGUAACUAGUUCAUCUGUUCCCCUAAAUGACAGGAGAUAGGUCCAAGUGUAUACUCAGGUUCCUCCAGCUCAGAAUUAUCUUUUAUUCCACAAAAAUAAAUUUCAUUCCAUAUCUGAAUUAACAAUCUUAAAGAAGACUACAGUAAUUAAAAGUGAAAGAGUAGAAAUAGAUUAAUUUUUAAAUGUUUAAAAAAUUUUGUUAAAGUACAAGACUAGAAAUCUGUUUCAUGUAUGAUUAAUGUGCCCCUUUAGGGGGUUAAGCUUUCCAAAAUAAGUGCCAUAAGUAAAAUUAGAAAAUUCCACUGCUAAGUGAGGGUAGAUUUUAUAUGUGUGUAUAUACACAUACAUGCAUACAGAGACAUAGUUUCAUAUAGAUAGAAAAUCCCUAUAUACCUUGAAUCUAUAUCUAUAUAUAUAUAUAUCUUGAAAACAUUUGAGUAUAUAUACAUCUAUAAUUUGAAUACAUGUAC